AUGCAGCUUCUACUCCCAGCUACGGCUCUACAUCUGACUGUCUCCAAUGUUUUAGCCGGAACCCUACAUCCGGUUUCUGGACCAACGGUUCACACCAGGAACGGAACCGUCACCGGCAGAUAUCUCAAGUCCCGCGAUCAAGAUCUCUUUUUGGGAAUCCCUUUUGCGCAGCCCCCAGUCGGAAACCUUCGCUUCAACACACCUCAGCCUAGCGAGGACUGCCUGACUAUCAAUGUCGUCCGACCAGCAGGAAACGAAACUAACGCAGCUAUCCGCGAUCUGCUUGAAGCGUAUCCUGAGCCGGGCACCAACUCGACCCAUGGUCGAUCAGAUGAUACCCUCCCAGUUUCUCUACCUUACAAAGCUCACACCACUGAUCCCCUAUACCUCGGCGCCACCCACUUUGAGGAUGUUGCAUUUGUCUUUGAUAAUGUGCUGGGACAAGGUAUGCCAUCAAAUGCAUUUGAUGUUCAGCCCGCGGCACGGGAGAAGAGCUAUAAGCAGUUGGGUGAUCUUAUGAGCCGGAUGUGGAUGAGCUUUUCCGCAUAUUAUGGUGUUUGA